CAAGCUUGGGAGGCUUAGGAUACAAGGCUUUGCCUUUAAAGCUUGUUUCAACUCCUUGUUAUCCAUAUCUCCUCUUCUUUCCUUAAUCUUCACCACUUCAGUUUCAUCCAGAUUUUGUUGCCUCUUUGGUGCUUCAAGCUCUGAAACAACAUGGAUGGUGGACUAACAUUGACCUGGCUGAUCAUUCUUCUGGUGAUUAUUUCCUUGAACAACUUGAGAUGGGUUUCAGGGACCUUCCAUGAAAACCAGUCUAGUCGGCGGAAGCUCGCACAGGAGGAAGGAAUACGUUGAUGAAGAUCUCAAUCAACAUCUCAUGAAUGUUAGAAGCUUCCCAAAAGGAGACAGGAAUUGUUACACCUUACCACCAAGACAAGGCAAGAAUCAUAAGUAUUUGAUCAGGGCUCGGUUCAUGUAUGGGAAUUAUGAUUCCAAGAAUCAACUUCCAAUCUUCAAACUAUAUCUAGGUGUUGACGAAUGGACCACGGUGAAUGUAACAGAUGCCUCUUCUAUUUACAGGAAGGAAAUCAUACACAUACCAAUUACAGAUGACAUAGAUGUGUGUCUAGUAAACACCAAUUCAGGGACACCAUUCAUAUCGGUGUUAGAGCUCAGAGAACUUAAUGAUUUGAUUUAUAGCCCGACUGAACCAGGGUCAUUGCUUCUCUUUGAUAGGUGGGAUUUUGGUACACAACAAGAGGAGUGGAAGUUAAUCAGGGACAAAGAUGAUGUUUACGACCGGAUUUGGAAACCAUUUUCAUGGUCAUCUUGGUUGCGAUCCAUUAAUGCAUCACUUGUAAGUUCUUCCUUUAGUGCCUCUGACUAUAAACUACCGGUGAGUGUCAUGGCGACUGCUGCAACACCUGCAAAUGAAAGUGCCUGGAAUAUUUCUUUGAAAAUAGAUGACGAUGCUUCUGACAUGUUGUACAUAUACAUGCACUUUGCCGAGGUUGAGAAACUCGGGAAAGGCCAGUUCAGAGAAUUUACAAUCUCCCUGAAUGAUAAUGAUUAUGAGUUAUAUGGUGGGGCCCUAGCCCCUAGGUACCUUUUUUCGGACACGGCGCGUAACAACUAUUCCCUAAGAAGCACUACAAAGAUACUGUCCUUUUCACUAACAAAGACAAGUAGAUCCACGCUUCCACCAAUUAUCAAUGCUGUGGAGGUUUACAUGAUAAAGGAAUUCUCACAAUCAUCAACUCGUCAAGACGAUGUUGAUGCAAUCAGGAAGAUUAAAUCAGGGUACACGGUGAGCAGGAACUGGCAAGGAGACCCAUGUCUCCCCAUAAAAUACCAAUGGGAUGGCCUGACUUGCAGCCACAGUACUUACCCUACUAUAAUCUCAUUGAACCUCUCAUCUAGCAAUUUGUCCGGGAAUAUACUUCCUUCAUUUUCGAGUCUCAAAUCGUUACAAAAUCUGGAUUUAUCAUACAACAACUUGACUGGACCAGUACCAAAAAUUUUUGCAGACUUGCCGUCUUUAACAAUCCUUAAUUUAACGGGGAACAACCUAACAGGUUCAGUUCCACAGGCUGUCAUGGAUAAGUUUAAGGAUGGAACUCUGAGGUUUGCUCAUUAUCUAGGCAAAAAUCCAAAUCUUUGUCGGUCAAUCUCAUGUCAAGGAAAGAAGAAGAAGAAGAAGUUCCUUAUUCCUGUUCUCUUAGCCAUUCCGACUGUAAUUGUGAUCCUGAUACUCAUAACUACUCUUGCAAUCAUCCGGAAGUUGAUCAAAAGGAGAGGAACCAAAGAGACAGUCACUGAAUGGGCCAAAGAGGGGCCAUUGAAGUCAGGGAAUUCAGAGUUCACUUUCUCUGAUGUUGCAAGUAUGACCAAUAACUUUAGUCAGACCAUCGGUAGAGGAGGAUUCGGACAAGUUUAUCUAGGCAUAUUGGCAGAUGGCACUGAGGUUGCCGUCAAGAUGCAUUCUGAAUCAUCAAUACAAGGCCCUAAGGCAUUACGAGCCGAGGCGAAACUCUUGACGAGAGUUCAUCAUAAAAACUUGGUUCGUCUGAUUGGGUACUGCGAUGACGGUACAAACAUGGCUCUCGUUUAUGAAUACAUGUCCAAUGGAAACCUGCAACAGAAGUUAUCAGGGAGAGAAGCUGCAGAUGUUUUGAAUUGGAAACAGAGACUUCAAAUUGCAGUAGAUGCAGCACAUGGAUUGGAGUAUCUACACAAUGGCUGUAAGCCACCAAUAGUCCACAGAGACAUGAAAUCUUCCAACAUUCUAUUAACUGAAACACUGGAAGCCAAGAUAGCUGAUUUUGGGAUGUCCAGAGAUCUUGAAAGCGGUGCUCUCUUAUCAACUGACCCUGUAGGCACACCUGGAUAUCUUGAUCCUGAAUACCAGUCAGCGGGUUUGAAUAAGAAGAGCGAUGUUUAUAGCUUUGGGAUUGUUUUGUUGGAGCUAAUCACCGGCCGGCCUGCAAUAAUCCCUGGGGGCAUUCAUAUAGUUGUAUGGGUUAGUCCUAUGAUUGAAAGAGGGGAUAUUGGAAGCAUUGUUGAUCCAAGGUUACAAGGAGAUUUCAACACCAACUCUGCCUGGAAAGCAGUAGAGAUAGCCUUAGCAUGUGUAGCAUCAACAGGAAUGCAAAGGCCAGACAUGAGUCAUGUAGAGGUAGACUUGAAGGAAUGUUUGGAGACAGAGGUGGCUUCCAGGAGAAUUCAGAGAGUAGGUAGCCACAGCAUCGGAUCUGGAAAUUUCCUAGAAGAUGUUCCCAUGGCUCUUAGCACUGAAUUGACUCCCCAUGCUAGGUAGUUGUUGGACACUACUAUUUUCAGUUAGUGUGAUGCAUUUGCUUAAUGUUAGCAUGUGGGAAUAUGUUGAACCCCACUAUAUUUUGAAUUGUGUUCAUCAAAAAUUCUAUAUUGGAUGAUUGUACCAA